AUGCUAAUUUCAUUAACGAUAUCAAGAAUUCAAAGAAAACUCUUAAUUUAAUAGCUUUCCUUAGAAGGGCUGUUGAAAAAUGCAAAAGAAACUGAUUUACCCACUCUAUUGUAAUCUGCUUAAUUCAUCCAACUCAAAUCCUUCUUGGCUGACGAUGGAGAAGAACCAGAAUUGACCUCCGAUGACAAUGAGCCUCCCCACGUAUACGAUGAAGUUACUGAGACUCCAGAAGAAACAUCAGUAACUGAAACUGAAGAAGCUGAAUAGGAAGUAACUUCUGCCGCCCCAGAAGAAGGAGUAGAAGCAGCUGAUCAUGAAAUAGAGGAAGCAUAAUAAACAGAUGAACCAGAACAAGCAGUACCUGAACAUCCUUUGGAGGCUGAAGAGAAGGCUACUUAUGAACAAUUAGCAAAGGAAGCUGCAGCUUUUAAUAAAAUCAUUGAGAAGGGAUAGAAGGCUCCCGCUUAAGGUGGAUCUGGAAAGGAUUACUCUUAAUUCACAGUUGCAUAAUAAGAGUUGUUAAACUUUUUGGAUAUCUUGGAGGACGAGGUCAGAGGAUCAUUUGGAAAGAAAUAAGACAAUCAAGUCAACUCAGCCAUGGGAUAUAGUGACUUUAAAGGUUUGAUAACUAAGGAGAAUGAAACAUUCAGAGGACAUUUAGCUGCUGAAGAUGUCAAUUUGGAAAAAUUACAAAACCAAUUGAUCACUAUUUUAUAAGCCACAGCUGCCUGCAAGGACAGAUUGAAGAAAAUCUAAAAUUCUAUUGAUUUGGCUAAUGAAGAUUUGACAAAUGCAGAAGCUCACUUCAAAUCAGUUAGUGAAACUCUUCAAGAGGAAUAAAAUACUUUUGAGGAUGUUUACAGAAUUUACUCAAGCCAAGUAGGUUCUCAAAGUACCUCAUAUAAGAGAGAUGUUUAAUCCAAAAUUACAAAUUGAUUAUGUAACAUCAACAAAAAAUACAAUCAUUUUAUAAAGCUCUAAAUAAUUACUA